AGGCCCUGCCAGAGUACAACGCCAUGAAACAAGACAGUUACGCCAGACGACACCAAGGGAGAGUGGGGUGGUCUCAGCAGCCCUGUGUGACGCCCUCUGUGAGUGGUGGUGGGCACAGAGUGUCCUCAGGGAGGAUGUUUCUCUGGACAGGAAGUAAAGGAGCUCAGGGAUCAGGAGGUGAAAGAAGGACUAUUUAUCAGAAGGUUCGGGAGUAUGACGUGCUAGACAAGAGGAAGACAGUGACAGCACUGAAGGCUGGGGAGGACAGAGCUAUUCUCCUCGGACUCAGCAUGAUCCUUUUCUCUGUGAUGAUGUACUUUGUGCUGGGCAUCACCAUGGUGCGCUCCUACUCAGACAGUGUGUGGACGGAGGAAUCCAGCUGCACUGUGCUCAACUCGACCAUCAUGGCGGAGAUUAACUGUACCUACAGCUGCGGCUCAGAGUGUUGGAAAAGCUCCAAGUACCCGUGCCUACAGGUGUUUGUCAGUCUCAACACAUCUGGGAAGGUUGUCCGACUCUCCCACAACGAGGAGGCACAGGACACCAACCCAAAGUGCUUCUAUGUGCCCAAAUGUCGGAAGGACUACAACGCGAUGCACACCGUAAUCAUGAACAUCUCGGAGCGUCUGAAAACACAGCAGCAGGUGUUGUGUUACACGGACCCAGGUGAACAGCAGGAGAGUGCUCUACUGACACGCAUCUAUGGCCGAGUGGCAGUGUUCCAUUCACUCUUCUGGCCCACCUGCACCCUCAUUGGUGGAACCAUCAUCAUCGCCAUGGUGAAGCUCACCCAGUACCUGUCCAUAAUGUGUGAACAGGUGGGCAGAAUCAAAAGGUGAGCGACAGGGCACAUAGGACAGGGGCCAGACUACAGUAGCAGCACAGCACUGGUCUUCAUUCGCUCCCUAGGAACCUUACGGAAACUCUUUGUGUUCCAUUUGCGCUAAAGAGAGCUGAGAGCUGAGUGAUAGAGUGACAGGGAAUCUGGGGGGUUAUAUUCCUCACAUGAUUCCUCUGGUUCGUCUGAGGAAAGCAAUAUGACUGAUGUGUGCUCCCGGCAGCUGUGGCAAGGCAAGUGAAACUCAAUGACUUUGGGGCACACAGAUUUUGUCCUGGAAUCCCUUUUAUGCACCUCUACAAGUGGUACAAUCAUACGAGGUGAUUGCUUUAAAGAAGUGGCCAACAAUGGACCUGAUCUGCCCUUGAAUCCAAGUCAGCUUUGGUGAUCCAUUCACAGCGUGACGACAAGGCAGUGACGACAAGGGAGUUUGACCGAGACAACUGUGUUGAAGCCUUCCCCAAAAUACAUCCAAACUUGGCUCCUCAUGGUACUGGUGUUGGGUAGAGGGUUACACAACUCCAGGCGGCUGGGACGAGUCCAGUCCCCUCAGCAAGCUGUUGACUAUCUAUGUUAUACUCCUGGGUCUGUAGAGACUUCAUUCCAAGCUAACAGUUCAGUAUGGUGUAGCAGUAAUCACAUAUCACAAUAGGUGUUAGUCACUAGGACGCUUAAGUACAAUGCAACUUCCCAGGGCAAGUGGUUAAUACAAAAUGCCUUAAUUUCAGGUCCCAACACUGUGGUAGAUUGCUCAGAGUUUCAGAAAUGAAUUCUACAGGACUUUCUCUGAAAGGGGUAAACAUACUGUGAGGCCAACUACGUUUUCAGGGCCUGGAGCACAAACCCAUAAUGGACGCGAGUCAUGGUGUGUUUUACCACAAAUAUUUACAGAAUGAUGAUUGAUUGAACACAUUCAGACCAAACUAGAUAAAAAUGCCAAUAUUUCAUUCUUGGUUCCAUAAUCACUAUUAUUAGUUUGUUAUUAUUUUGCUGUCACAAUCAUCAGCAGUUUAUCCAUGUCUAUAAUGUGCUACGCUAUUGACUGUUUGACUUGCUUUCUUAUCAAUUAAUGCAAACCAAUGUAAAUGCAAUUUUGUCUUGCAUUCAUAAAUUAAAAGGCAAACUCAGCAAUUACAGUACUUCCCUGGUUUGGAUUUAGUGAUUGGGUUGGUCAAAGUAGUUAAAAGGUUCAAGAGAUGCAUAAUAAACU